GGCCUUUCAAAAAUUCGCAAGUUGUGUAAAAACAGAAAAUGACGGCAUUAGACGACUUGCCUCUUGUGAAUUCCUUCAUUGGUCUCGAUUUGAAAACGGGAUCAUUUGUAAUCGCUGCUAUUGGUAUUGUCCAUCCCUUAACGUACGGAUGUUCUUUCUUCAUGCCCAUAAGCUACCUUUUGGUCACUGUGUGGAUCCUGCUGGCUCUAUAUUUUGCAGCUAGUUGUCUUCUGUUCUUUGGUGUUUUUUACUCGGACGCUUUAUUAAUAGCCAUUUACAUUUGGUAUUCUCUAAUCUUUGUUGUGCUGAUGGUCAUGUUGAUGACACUUUUGGCGUUGGUGUUCACGUCACGAAAACAAAAGAGUCGCGUUUUAAUUGUCAUAAUGGGAAUGAUUUGGUACAUCAUGACAAUAUACUUCAUCGUUGUGGCAAACAGUCAUCGAAGGACGCUGACCGACGACAAUAGUACAAUAAUUAAUGAGACACAGUUAGUAGGAGAUGGGUUUUUGAUGCAAGACGAGUCUAAAAUAGUUCUACGAAAUUAAUUCCAUAAAUUUAAUAAAAAUAC